AUGGCAUCCAUUGCGUCAACAAUAUCAACUACAAUCGAUAAUAUUAUUCAACGAGCAAAUGAAGUACAAGUGUGUCAGGAUCAUAUGAAAUCAAUAACAACUAAUUUAACUCGUCUUCAACAUCGUUUUAAUCAUAGAUUUACAGUAUUAGACGAAAAUUAUUCACACGAAGAUCUUACAGAAAUACUAAAAGUCAUCGAUGAAGUUAUUAAGAGUUGUCAUGAAAAUGAAAAUCAUCUUAAUGGAUUAACUUAUAGAGAUCUUGAAUCUGUACUACUUCGUCUUCAAUGUCGAUUAGCUCAAUACGAAGCUAAUCUAACAGAUGACUACGAAACGAGAGUACAAAUACUAUCUAAUGCUUUUCAAGACCAACAACUCUGUAAUCAGAAAUCCUUUGAUGAGACAAUGAGACGAGGAUUAGACACAAUUGAACAACAAACAAUGGCAAAUACAAUAGAAAAACUUCGUCUCUUACGUGAAAAAUAUUCCAAAACGAUCGAAUCCUAUCUUCGCACUUGUGUCGAACUACAUCGAGGUGAAUCUAUUCCUGGUCUCACUGGUCAAAUUGUUGCCAAAGUUGCCAAUAUUUUCUAUCAAAUCUCUGAUGAUGAACAAAUGAUAUUAGAACGUAAAUGGCGAUCAUAUAAACUUCCUCUCACACGUACAUUUAUCCAAUUUAAAGCGGAUAAAUCGACAUCAUUCGAAAGAAAUGAGUCGCGACGAUUGUGUAUGGAAGAUGAAGACAAAAUGUUACAGAAUGCAUACAGUCGAAAAAAACCAUCGAAAGCAAUAUGGGAACGAUUAGUGUCAGAUCCCUACAUGAUGUCAAUAGCUCGAAUAAAUUAUUGUUCGCAAGAAGACAAUAUUUCUGAGAAAAAUAUUAUUCGAACUAAACGUUGGAUUGCUAUUUUGGGUGAUCCAGGAAGUGGAAAAACAAGUUUUGUUCGAUGGCUUGUUCAUCAUCUUGCUCAAACUCUUCUUCUUAAUCAACAGCAUUCAACUGAUUAUGGUCCUAUUCGUAUACCAAUUCUAAUUCGUAUUAGUGAAUUUGCCGAAAUAUUGAAAGAACAACCAUCAUUAACUUUAUUUGAAUAA